UUUGUUUAUAAAAAAUUAACAAAAAAUAAUUUCCACACCAACCAACUCACAUCACAAUCACAUCUGAACAAGCUGAACGAGACAUGCACAACGGUCACAACAGUUGAAGUAGUGCGCAGUGAUUCAAUAAUAUGCUAAAAUUAAAGUGUUAAUAACAAAUAAGUGUAAUUUGUUUUUAAUAGUUAUGAGCGCCUAAUUUCAAAGAGGAGAAAGUUAUUGUUUUCUAACUCUUCGUCCAUAGAAGAAGAUCGUCGUCCCUCAAUUUUAAACAAGUCAUCGUGAACCAAAUCCAACCAAAUUUUGUUAAAUUUUAUUGUUUUAUGGAAACUGAAUUUAACAAAACUUAAAAUAAUUGAGGCUCUGUUUUAAUUACAAUACUUUUGUAUGCUUCAAUUGCAUGUUCACAAUUAAAGUUUUACACAUUCACAGAUGACGAAUUACGAAAACACGUAAAUUAUUAUUAACAAAACAAGUUCUUUGUUCAAUGAUAAAACAAAUGCCAGUGCAAGUGUAUUAGAAACAAAAGAGCGGUGUCAUCUAUUAUCCCACAAAAUGCACAACGACGAAGAAAGGCUAUACGAUCCCAAUGAUGAAGAUUUUGAGAAUGGAGUUGCCCAGAACAUAGAUGCGACAUCUACUACAACCGAAACUCCACAGACAACACCAAAUGGUCAUGAUGAUAGUCACUCCUCCAGUAAUUCCGAUUCAACACUGCCUUCUGUUGAGGGUCAACAGGUGAUAAAGCAUCGAUUUUUUAUAUUGGAACCAGCAGUAUUUUUAGUAUUUCUAGCAAUGUAUUUAUCUGGUACUGUCUAUCAAAAUCAAUUGCUGUAUCAAACCUGCAUUUACGUUUUUGAGUACAAUGAGACCCAAUGUGCACCACUGUUGGGCGUUGAACGCGAAACAGAAGAGGUCAAACUCAUAGAAACCCAAGUUCAACCAUAUGUUGCAAGAAUAUUAAUGGCUCGUUCAUUACUGGAAAGUAUAAUACCAGCCAUUGUCAGUUUAUUUAUUGGUCCCUGGUCGGACAAGUUUGGUCGGCGACCAAUUGUUUUAACUACUUUUACAGGUUAUCUUACCGGUUCCAUUAUAUUAACAUUCUUAAGUUUCAUUGCCACCAAAACUGUUGUUAGUCCAUGGAUAUUUCUGUUAAGUUCAGUACCCUCAGUUCUCAGUGGUGGAACAUGUGCCUUAAUUACUGGAAUUUAUUGUUAUAUAUCGGAUGUGGCAAAGGAAAAAGCAAGAGCUUUGCGAAUGGUAUUGAAUGAAGCCUCUCUGUGCACGGGCAUGAUGAUCGGUAAUGUUGUUAGUGGUUAUUUAUAUGCUGCCACAAAUACAGUAACUGUAUUUGCCAUAUCCUCGGGUCUAAUGUUAUUGGCUUUGAUUUAUGUUGUUAUAUUUGUAAUUGAAAGUCUGCGGCCAGAUCAAAUACACUCGGGAUCCAAAAUAAGAGAAUUCUUCCGCUUCGAUUUGGUUAAAGAUUUGGUUCGAACUUGCCUGAAAAGAAGACCAAACUACGAUCGUUCCAUUAUUUGGUUAACAAUGAUGGCAUUAACAAUAGCCAUCUUUACAAUGGAAGGCGACUCGAAUGUAACCUAUCUGUUUGUGCGAAAGCAAUUUGAAUGGACUCUUAAGGAUUUCAGUAUGUUCAAUGCUGCUCGUAUUGUUGUGCAAAUAAUUGGUAGUGUUGUGGGCAUGUUUGUAUUGAGAAGACUAUUGAAGUUUUCGAUAACUUCAAUGAACAUGAUUGCCAUUGCAAGUUGUGUUCUGGAAAGUACUGUACGAGCCACUGCCAUUUAUUGGUGGGAAUUGUAUGUUGGCCUCACCUUGGGUUUUAUGCGUGGCAUUAUGGGACCAAUGUCUAGGGCCAUACUUUCACAUGUUGCCCCAGCCACAGAAGUUGGUAAAAUUUUUGCUUUAACCACUUCUUUGGAAUCAUUGUCGCCCCUCAUUGCCGCUCCCCUUUACACAAUUGUGUAUAAUGCCACUUUGGCUUAUCAUCCAGGGUUGUUCAACUUUAUAAGUGCCGGCUUGUAUUUGUUAUGCUUCACAUUCAUAUCAAUCAUAUUUGGCAUACAAAAAUCCUUGGGUCACACAGCUACCUAUCAGGCUAUAAGUAGCUAAGGAAGAAGUACCUAACAUUUUCUUUUAUUUUUAUAUAUCUCACGAAAAAAAAGGAACAUUUUUUUAAUUAUAGUUAGCAAAAGUUUGUAUUUAAAAAAGGACAAGGCGGAGACAUUUUAUUAUAAUUAGUACCUUUUUGUGUUUUUUUCUGUAUAUAAACCAAAUGUUAUGAAAUACCUCUUACAUAUCCAUGUA